AUGCCGGCGGGCGGGCGCGCGGGUUCCGCCAGGCGCGAGCUCCGCAGCUCCCCGCCAGGUCUGUGGGACCUUGGGUCUGGGCCCGAGAGCUCGCUGGCGCUGGUGGCUGCAGGGCCGGGGACGCGCCUGAACCGCUUCGGCUCCCCGGAGCUCGGGCCCUGUGGACACGCCGGGACCAGCGGUUCCCGGAGCUCAGGGUGCAGUCGCGGAUGUCUUCGACUCCUGGAGAGGCUCACGUGCCUCUGCGCGUGGUCCUGAGACCCGGGACGAACGCGGAAAGUUUGUAGGCUUGACAAGGAGGGUAGGAGCGCGGUCACCACGUGGGCUGCCGGGGCCUGGGCGGCAGGUCGGGCCUAAGAGACGCGUUGCACCCAGGAAAGCUGAAGUAGCUGUGCGUGCGGAGGCGGGAGCUGAAGCUCUCCCUUACCCAUUCCUGACUUAAAAAUAACACCCUUUGCUUCCAGUUCAUUAACUUAUCCACAAGUAAUUGGCUGCUGACUCCUUGGGUUGUCCAACAGGUUAAAAAGACCAAGGUUUUCCACUGUUUUUUUAGGAAGUGCAGGCCUGGGAGUCAAAAGGCUCUAAUUUCACCAGUAAUUAGUUGUAUGUCGUCGCCAGAAGUUUCUUUCACUGGUCUCAUCUUUUAAGUGGAAGAGCCUGAUCUACCCAGAUCUUAAACCAUCAACCAGAUGGUUUUAACUCCCGUCUCUAUUUGUGACCUCGUGGUUACCAAAGUACAUUAAUGAGACAGAAAAACCUUCUAAGAAUCUGGUGAAAAUAAUCCCUUCCUUGGGGUAGGGUUUGCAUUCCCUUCCUGCUUGAAGACAGACAAUGCCAAAGAAAGCGAAGCCUGCAGGGAAUGGGAAGGAAGAGAGUCCUGUUCCCUCUAAGCAGGUGAAGGCAGAGGCAGCUGGUGGGCCUUCCAUCUUAAACUUUGAGAGCCCCAGUGGUCUCUUUGAAAGUUUGAUUUCACCCAUCAAGGCAGAGACUUUUUUCCAGGAAUUCUGGGAGCAGAAGCCCCUUCUCAUUCAGAGGAACGACCCUGCACUGGCCACAUACUACCAGUCCCUGUUCAGGCUGACGGAUCUGAAGAGUCUGUGCAGCCAGGGUAUAUCCUAUGGAAGAGAUGUGAAUGUCUGUCGUUGUGUCAAUGGGAAGAAAAAGGUUUUAAAUAAAGACGGAAAAGCACACUUCCUUCAGCUGAGAAAAGAUUUUGAUCAGAAAAGGGCAACAAUUCAAUUUCACCAACCUCAGAGAUUUAAGGAUGAGCUUUGGCGUAUCCAGGAGAAGCUGGAAUGUUACUUUGGCUCGUUGGUUGGCUCCAAUGUGUACAUAACCCCCGGAGGAUCUCAGGGCCUACCUCCCCACUAUGAUGAUGUUGAGGUUUUCAUCCUGCAGCUGGAGGAGAAGCACUGGCGCCUUUACCCACCCACAGUGGCCCUGGCACGUGAGUACAGCGUGGAGGCUGAGGCCAGGAUUGGCGCUCCAACACAUGAAUUCACGUUGAAGCCAGGUGAUUUGUUGUACUAUUCCCCAGAGGGACAUUCUCAGGAAGCGGACACUUUGGAAGUGGUGGCAGGAUCAGGGGAUGGAUGUGUAACUAGUUGCCAAACAGUUUCAUGGGGAGAUUUUCUUUUGGACACCAUUUCAGGGCUUGUGUUUGAUACUGCAAAGAAAGAUGUAGCAUUACGGACUGGAAUACCCCGGCAGCUGCUCAUGCAGGUGGAAACCACAACAGUUGCAACAAGAAGAUUAAGUGGCUUUUUGAGGACUCUUGCAGACCGGCUGGAAGGCACCAAAGAGCUACUUUCAUCAGACAUGAAGAAAGAUUUUGUUAUGCACAGACUACCCCCUUACUACAUGGGAGAUGGAACAGAGCUGUUGACACCAGGUGGAAAGUUACCAAGGUUGGACAGCGUAGUGAGUCUGCAAUUUAAAGAUCACAUCAUCCUCACAGUAGGGCCAGAUCAGGAUCAAUCUGAUGAAGCUCAAGAAAAGAUGGUUUACAUCUAUCAUUCUCUCAAGAAUAGGAGAGAAAUACACAUGAUGGGAAAUGAGGAAAUAGAGUCUCAUGGACUUCGUUUCCCUUUUUCACAUGUGGAUGCACUGAAGCAAAUUUGGAACAGUUCAGCAAUUUCCGUCAAGGACCUGAAGCUUACUACGGAUGAGGAAAAGGAAAGCCUGGUAUUAUCCCUCUGGACAGAAUGUUUAAUCCAAGUAAUCUAAUGCUGUUAUGGAAUCAAAUACCUGUUAUUUUAUAUAUAUUUUUUUUUUAAAGGGAUGUUGGUAGGAGAAAAAUGUCAAAUGUCCUUACUUACCAACCCCUAAUCAAUAUAUGGGAACAUGGAAGGGGGGAAAAAAAAAACCCAAAACAAAAACCAAAUUACAAGGUAUCCCAGAAUGUGACAAAACUGUAUUUUUGACAA